AUGAACUUCCCUUCCUUCACCGUUGAGGUCAAGCUGAGGUCGUUCACAGAGAUAUUCUACGCUCUACACGACGAAGCCCUACGCGACAAUGAGGAGGACUUGGAUAAGUGGAUCGAGAACCAGGAGUUUGCCAACAAAUUCCGGAGUCUUUUUGAUGUUCUUCCAAUUUGCUGGCUCGAGGAGCUGGCCGAUCUAUUCCCGAGGACUAGACGACAUGUCCUCUCUCCUAUGAGGGAGACCAGAAUCUUGAAGAAGACCCGCAACCGAGCCAUAUUGAAUUUCCGAAAUAACCUGCCGGUGGAGAAAUUGAAGCCCGAGACGAUUGAAUCGAUCUGGAAAUGGGCCGAUGACCCGGCGUCCUUCUUUAAGGAAAAUGACCGCACGGCGAAUCCGCUCCCCGAGGCGGGUGCCUUGCUCACGCCGCUCGAUUCGGUAUGCAUUCUCUUAGACCAUCUCGAGACACGGGUUCAGCUCGACCGGAUUCGCCGGAGAUUGUUGCUGUAUCUUCUAGCGUGGAUGGUCGAGACGAGGAUCCAGGUUGGGACACACGAUGAUGUGGCCAGCAUGCUGGUCCAGUCACACUUGAUCUCCCCGGUCUCUCAGAAGUCCUUUGCGGGUAAUCUCAGGGAUUGGUUGGCCAGGGGCCGGCAGUAUCUCCAUCUGGCCAAGAGACUGGGCGAAGAGGGCGAAGCGGGCGCCGUGAUCUUCCUCCCAAUGUGGAAGGGGGAGUCUGUUUGGUAUCACCACAGUCAUGUCGGCGGCGGCAACGGAGCUGAGAUCAUCGCUUGGCUCAGGGCUAGUAAGGUGACGGAGGACGCCCGUCGGACACACGAGUAUCGCAACGUCGACGGUGUGGUGAAAACGCUGAGCGCCAACGAGGUGGUGGAAAGGCUGAGGGCGGCCUUGGACGGGAACUUACUCGUUCGUCAUGAAAUGGUCUCGCCGUCGCCGCCAAUGCCACCCGGGAGCCGUAUUCGGAGUUCCCGUCAGCUGCCAUCUCCGGUGAUACCAUCGUCGCCACCGACACUCGGCCAGCAGGGAGGGCAAGAGCUUUUACCACGUCAAGCGAUGACUCUUAGCCAGUCGUCCCCCGAUGCUGGGAGUUGCACCCUCGGAGAGCCUUCACCCUCCGUCAUCGUCCCUCGGGAGGAUGAUUGUCGUAAUUUAGGUUUUCUCACGGGACAGCCUCGAUGCGGCUCCGACCCUAUCUGA